AUGAUAGCCCAUCUAUUCAAUGCUCCACUAGGAGAGUCAGAGACUGCCGUGGGGGUUGGAACUGUUGGGUCGUCAGAGGCAAUCAUGCUGGCAGGCCUUGCUUUCAAGAGAAAGUGGCAGAAUAAGCGGAGAGCCGAGGGGAAACCAUGCGAUAAGCCUAACAUUGUCACCGGAGCCAAUGUGCAGGUUUGUUGGGAGAAAUUUGCAAAUUACUUCGAGGUGGAACUUAAGGAAGUGAAGCUGAGGGAAGGCUACUAUGUGAUGGACCCGGUUAAAGCUGUGGAACUAGUGGAUGAAAACACCAUAUGUGUUGCUGCUAUCUUGGGUUCGACUCUCAAUGGAGAAUUCGAAGAUGUCAAGCUCUUGAAUGAUCUUUUGCUAGAAAAGAACAAGCAAACUGGGUGGGAUACCCCAAUUCAUGUGGAUGCAGCCAGUGGUGGAUUCAUUGCACCAUUUCUCUAUCCAGAGCUCGAGUGGGAUUUUCGACUUCCAUUGGUGAAGAGCAUCAAUGUUAGUGGGCAUAAAUAUGGUCUUGUGUAUGCUGGAAUUGGGUGGGUGAUUUGGAGGAGCAAAGAAGACUUACCCGAGGAACUUAUUUUUCACAUCAACUACCUUGGAGCUGAUCAACCUACUUUCACCCUCAAUUUCUCCAAAGGUUCAAGCCAAGUUAUUGCUCAGUAUUAUCAACUAAUUCGCUUGGGUUAUGAGGGAUACCAAAAUGUCAUGGAAAAUUGUCGGGACAACGCUCUCGUGCUGAAACGAGGAUUGGAGAAGACAGGCCGAUUCAACAUUGUGUCCAAGGACAAUGGUGUUCCAGUGGUUGCCUUCUCUCUUAAGGAGAACAGUCAGUACAAUGAGUUUGAUGUGUCAGAUAUGCUGCGCAGUUUUCAGUGGAUUGUGCCUGCCUACACCAUGCCACCGGAUGCUCAACAUGUGACAGUGCUUCGGGUUGUCGUGAGGGAAGAUUUCUCAUGCACCCUAGCCGAGCGCCUAGUGGAUGAUAUCACAAAAGUCCUCCAUAAAUUGGAUACCCUCCCUGCUAAACUAAGUGUCAAUAUGAUAUCCAGUUAUCAGAAAGGGAAAAAUGGCACCGUGGUGAAGAAAACAACACUCGAGACGCAGAGGGAAAUAACUAAUGCUUGGAAGAAAUUUGUCAUGGAUAGGAAAACCAAAGUAAUUUGCUAG